CACAAACAAAGUUUACCCCCAUGGAUAUUUGCUCGUUUCUUACUUCACCUUGGCAACGUGGAAGUUUGUUUGGUUUUUACCAAUUUUCUUGUCCAAUGAGUAAAAGUUGUUCGGCACAGCAACAUCAUGUCCAAAGCCACCACAAUUAAGGAGGCUCUGAAGCGCUGGGAGGAGCGGGAGCAGCAAAAUUCCCUGACUGCCAAGGUUAUUGAUCUGCAAUUCCAGUGGCCACCCAUCGAGAAAAUGGACAGCACAUUGGGUACGCUGGUGCAGUGCGAGAGAAUCAGUAUGUCCACGAAUAUGAUUGAGAAGAUAUUCGGCUUAUCGGGCAUGAAGUGCCUCAAGGUAUUGUCCUUAUCACGGAACUACAUUAAGCAGAUAUCCGGGCUGGAAGCGGUGGCUGAAACUCUGGAGGAGCUGUGGCUCAGCUACAACCUAAUCGAGAAAAUUAAGGGUUUGACUGGUCUGAAAUGCCUGAAGGUGCUCUAUAUAAGCAACAAUUUGAUCAAGGACUGGUCGGAAUUCAAUCGCCUGGCCGAGAUCGAAUCUCUCGAAGAUCUAGUGGUGGUAGGAAAUCCCCUAUCCGAGGGAUUGGACGAGCCCACUUGGCGGGCGGAGUGCAUCAAGAGGCUGCCCACCAUCCGCAAACUGGACGGAGAACCAGUCGUGCUCAACGAGGAGCCGCAGCUUUAAGUCUGAUGGCCAUUCGGUUUAUAUGGAUGACGGAGAGAUUGGGUUUUCCAUGCGAACUUUCAUAGC